GGUUUUCAUCAUCAAGCUAAUGGAAGCAGGGAGUGGUGGGAAUAGAGGCUUGUGGGGGUGGAAAUGGGAGCAUAAAAGGAGGAAACAGCAGAGUAAAGCAUCGAGAUCCUCCGAGUCAGCAUCCGGGGGUGGCGGUUACCGGUUCCCUUUAAAGCAAGCUGUGACCGCAGGCUCCCUGGCUCUUACUGGUGACACAGUCGCUCAAGUGACAGAUCGGUGGAGAAAGAAGAAGCCAUCUAAAAAUCACUCUCCUUUCACGACGACGCUUCUGACAAUUCGAACGACAGUUCGGUCAGGUUUUUUUUUCAUGUUUUGGAAUUUUGAAAUGAAAUAAAUUUAACCAUGUGGUUAUGUGUGCUGUUUAUUCAUCCAGCAGUAAAAGUAAUUAGUUUAUUCUUACUUACUGUUUGCAUUGUCUUUUAAAUUCCUUUUUAAAGUCCCUUUUUGUAUUAGAAAUAUUUAAAUAAUUUUUAAUAUGUUUUUUUUUCAUGAUUUUGAUGUUUUAAUAUAAUUUUUUUAAAAUAAAAUAUUAUUUUAAUAUAUUUUCAAUUAAAAAUUAUUUUUAUAAAAUCAAUCGGAAACAAACAAUAAAUCUUACCCUCGAAGUGAUUUAUAUUAUUGACAGUUUCUGCCAAGAACUUUUGCAUUUUGCUUUGAAUCACCAAACUAUGUAAUUUGUAAAAAGGAGAGCAUGCAGAUUUUAUUAUUUUUUUAAUACAAAGAAAAGAAAAAACCGAAGUCGUGAUACACAUGCGCAUAGAAAGAAGAUAAACACUGGACACCCAUCCUUUAGUGGACAUUACCACCAAUCUAGUCAGCAAAAUAAAAUUAUUGCAAGACCUUAUCCAUUCUUCGGAGUUUGUACUACUUGAUAUGUGAUAACCCAGCUGCGUCGACCCACCGCAUCUGACAUACAAACUACAAUUGUCUGUCCACUAGGUAGUCGCAGGUAACCCUAAUCUUCUUGCAAGUUUCAUUUGAUGAUGGCCUGUAUUCAAUUUCUUCUUCUCUUUUGUUCUUUUAUGUACAUUUUUAAUGUCAACCCAUCUUGUGCUCAAAUUCCCAAUUCACCAAUUAGGUCUCUUGUUCUUCCUGUGACCAAAGAUCCUGCAACCUUCCAAUUCUUGACCACAAUUUAUCAUGGAACCUCUCGAGAACCCAUCAGGGUUGUACUUGAUCUGGGGUGUCCAUCUCUUUGGCUUGAUUGUUCCUCAGGACGCCUGUCUUCAUCUAGGCGUCUGAUUCCAAGCUGCUCAAUCCAGUGCGCAGCAGCAAAGCCGAACAACAUGAGUUGCGCCUUCUCUGCUGCUAUGCCUACACGUAAACGUACCGCUUGUGGUCUCUCCACAGAGAACAGCAUCGCACGGUCAGCAACAAGAGGUGAGCUUGUAGAAGACAUCUUGACCGUCGAAUCAGUUGACGGGUCAAAAGCAGGUCCAGUCACUACAGUAGAUCACUUUCUCUUCUCUUGUGCACCCAGAUUUCUUUUAAAUAGGCUAGCGAGGGGUGCCCAAGGAAUGCUUGGCCUCGGUAAGUCUCGAAUUGCUCUUCCAUCACAGCUCGCUUCGAAAUUUGGGCUCCAGAGAAAAUUUGCAACCUGCCUAUCAUCUUCAGAUGGUCUCAUUUUAUUCGGCCAUGAGCCUGGUUACGACUCAAUUUUUGGCACAGAAAUUUCAAGGUCACUCAUGUACACACCACUAGUGACUAGCCCAGAUGGCAGUGGCAGCUCACAAGAUUAUUCCAUCAACGUGAAGUCCAUCAAAAUUAAUGGCAAGCGAUUGUCUCUAAGGCAAAAGGGUAUUGGUGGAGGCACAAAAAUAAGCACAACUGUGCCCUACACCACUUUGGAGAGCUCAAUAUACAGCACCUUUAUUAAAGCUUACAAGGAGUCUGCUACUAAUAAUUAUUUCCUGAACAUGACAGUUGUGGCACCUGUGGCACCAUUUGGUCUUUGUUUUAGCUCAAAAGAAGUUCCUAGCAGCAUGUUGUUGGGGCCAAUGGUUCCUGUCAUUGAUCUAGUUUUGCAAAGUGAGAUGGUGAAGUGGAGGGUGCAUGGUAGGAAUGCGAUGGUGCCGGUGCUUGAUGAGGUUAUGUGCCUAGGUUUCUUGGAUGGUGGCUCCAAGUCCAAGACCAGUUCCUCAAUUGUUAUAGGAGGGUUUCAAUUAGAGGAUAAUCUUUUAGAGUUCAAUUUAGGUACUUCCAUGUUAGGAUUUAGUUCAUCAUUGUUGACUAGACACACAUCUUGCUCUGAUUAUCAUACUAGGAUGAUGCAAUCUACACUUAAAGAUUCCUAGUGAUUCCCCCCUCUUCAAUUUUGGUGUCUCCUCUUGUAAUUACUUCAAUCCAUGGAUUUUGUCUGUUACAGUCAAUAUCACUAAUCUCAAGUAAGCCUAAUAUAAAGAAGUCAAGUUUUGUUA